CUUCAGAUACAACAGAAGAAGCGUCGCUGCUAUGGGUUUGGGUGAGUCGUGCUGACUCGGCACGUUGAUUGGCUCCCCCCCCCCUCCCCCGUGAUCCCCGUCGUCCUAUCAGCAUGCAGGGCUUCUACUCCAAGCUGGACUCCGCCUCCAGCCCGUUGCUAGGCGUGGCCCUCGGGGACGGGGGCGUGGCCAUGCCACUGAGCCUGGCGGUGGAGACGGAGAAGGCCCAGGCGCUGCUCCAGACCUUCAGCUCCGCCUCCCUGCUGGCGUCGGCCGGGCUGGGCGUGGCCUGCGUCCUGGCGGACCACGCCCUCCAGCUGUCGGUGCUGCAGCAGCAGCUGUGGCUGCGGGCGGGGCUCGACAACGCCACGCACGCCCUGGUGGGCCUGUGGUCCUGGGCCAUCGUCAUCGGCCUGAGGAAGAGGAGCGACGUGUACGAGGUGCUGCUGGCCGGCCUGCUGGCCUCCCUCAUCGACCUGGACCACUUCUACACGGCCGGCUCCCUGUCACUCAAGGCAGCGGUCUCUCUGCCCCACCGCCCCCCCCUCCACUGCUCCUCCCUCAUCCCCGUGCUCUGCCUCUCGCUCCGCCUCCUCAUGUCCCUCGCCCGCCUCAAGGACGCCUGGUGCUCCCUGCCCUGGAUGCUCUUCGUCUCCAUGACGACGCACCACGUGCGGGACGCGGUGCGCCGGGGCCUGUGGGUGUGUCCGCUGGGCAACACGGCACCCAUCCCCUAUUGGCUGUACGUGGGCACCACGGCAACGCUCCCCCACCUCGUCUCGGUGCUCAUGUACCUGACCGGGGCUCGCCACGUCAUCACCACCAAACACGGCGUCGCCAUCGACGUCUGAGGACCUAUGGGGGGACAACCCCAAGCCUGAGGACCUAUGGGGGGACAGUCCACAGACAGUUUGGUCCCCCACCAAAUGGCGUCCCCAGGAGAAAGAAUAUAUUCUUUGUUGUUAUUUAUUAACUGAUGGUCUUCACACGAACCUUUAUUAAUCUUUAUGUGUUUUUGUUUUUGUUAUUCGUGCUGCGUGAAUCGCAACCAUUUCGUCAUGCUAGGGUUAUGCUAGCUACAGGCUGGAGACAUUCUAACGACAUUCUAGCUACAUGCUGCCGACAAGCCGGAGACAUGCUAGCGACGUGCUAGCUACAGGUUAUAGACUGUCUCGGUACAUGUUACCUGUAAGCUAUAUUCUAGCUAUAAGGCUGGAGAUAUUCUAGCGACGCGCUAGCAAAAGGCUGGCUAGAUGCUAGCCAGCCUUAUAAUAUAUACAAGUUACAUCUUAUAAAGGCAUUCCUUACGUCUAUAUUAAUAUAAUAAGAUUUAUAUUAAUAUUUAUAUAUCAACUUCUUAUGCUCUCAACUUUUUUAAUUUUCAAACUUUCAAAUUCAUCAGGAAAAACCGACUCUUUUAUUGAUCAGAUUCCUCAGGCGACUGUAGGCCUUUAUAUGAACCUGGAGGGUGACAGUGUUGUGUGACAGUGUUGUGUAUCGUGACAGAAUGUGUUUGACUUGUUGUGGUCUGAAAAUAUCCUGAGGGGACCAGAGACACUUACACUAUGAGGCUGGACUUGGGGUAAAGUGUGCUAACCCCAGCCUCAUCCCUGGCUUCUCAGUGUCACCACGAUGGUUCACUUUACACUGUGGUACAUCUCUAUGCUGCACGCUGUACAUUGUACAACUUAUGCUGCAACACCUGCUGUGAUCAUCUCAGCAACACAUUAGUUGAACGGAUACGCAAUUGGAAUUAUUGUCAGAUCUACCCAUGCCAUGACAUUGUGGCAGUGAUAUGGAUAAGCCUGCGAACUUCCACCUUCAACAGGCGGUGCAAACUACCGCCCCGCUGACCUGAACGUGCUGAUGGCUUGAUCGGGAAGAUCUUGGUUGUCUUGACGAUUUGAUGGUCGCUGUCGUAAAACCACCGUGGUUGCGGUUGUUGGGCUAAGUGAAGACAGCUAAAAAAAAUAUAUCCUUGGGUUGUUGAACUUGGUAGUAUCGGCCUCUGGUAGAGCGGCUGGGACGAAUGUCUCUUCUCCACAUUUAACUCAUGACCACAGUCUGAUCUGUAGUCGCUUACCAGACGGUAUAGUCAGAGAGGAACUCUGAUCCUUAACCUCAGCGACACCACACUAUUACCUUAACCACCUCUAAAACCUUUACCGUGACCACCUCUUAAACCCUUUACCACCUCUAAAACCCUACCGAUAUACCCUACCGAAUACCAUCUCUAACCUUUUACCCAAACUAACCAUCUCUGGUCUAAUACCUGAACCAACGAUCUCUAACAUGAUACCUGAACUAACCAACCCUACCCUUAUACCUAAACUAAACCAUCUCUAACCUAAUUCCAAAACUUGUUUAAGUGGCUGUAGUGAUGUUUAUGGCCACUAGAUGGUAGUGUUGAUAAUCUCAUCUACUCGACGAUUAUCAUGAAAUAGUCGAUUUACGCUGUUCCUGUCUCGUUCACUAUAAUGUCUCUGUGUAGACACACACACACACACACACUUUGAAUUUUGCACUUUAUUUUGAUGUUUACCUUAAUUGAUUUGGCUGUCAACUCUUUCUAAAUGUAGGCCUAUUUGUUAAAUACAUUUGUUAACCAUUUUGGUAAAAACAUGUAGGUCUAAAUAUAUAUUGUGAUUUAUUUUAUUUUAACUGAAUAAAGUUCUACCUGUGUGUAGUUGUAGUACACAAUCAAAAAUUGCUCUUUC